AUGGCUGGAGUAAAACGCUCCGUCGAUGCCGCCGAGGACCGCAAUGGAAAGCGGAGCAAGACUAAGGGCUCCGCCGAGAAAAAGCCCAAGUCCGCCGGAGUCAAGAAGUCCAGUUCUUCCAAGGAGGUGAAGUCCUCCAAGAGCGACAAGAAGAAGGCUCCCAAGAAGAAGGUUGAGGAGUCUGAGGACGAGGACGAGGAUGACUUCGAUAUUGACGACGUUUCGGAUGAUGGCGAGGGCCUCGAUGCGCUGGAUGAGUCUCCAGUUGAGGAUGUUGAGAUGAAUGAUGCGGAGGAUGUGGACAGUGAAGAGGAGAAGCCCAAGGCUGAGAAGCCCAAGUCCGAAGCUGAAUUGGCCGCGAAGAGCAAUGCCUCCCGCGAGUCCCACGCUAAGCAAAAAGCUCUUCAACAGGAGCGCAAGGCCGCCAAACCCAACGCCGACACGAUCGCCCGCUCAAAGAAGCUGUGGGAGCAGCUGCGCCGCAAGUCUCACGUCCCUCUCGAGCAGCGCAAGAAACUCAUCAAGGAACUGUUCGGCAUCAUCACCGGCCGCGUUAAGGAUUUCGUCUUCAAGCACGACUCUGUCCGUGUUGUCCAGACUGCCCUUAAGUACGGCAACCUCGAGCAGCGCAAGAUGAUUGCGCAGGAGUUGAAGGGUAGCUACAAGGAGCUGGCGCAGAGCCGCUACGCCAAGUUCCUCGUUGGAAAGUUGAUUGUGCACGGUGAUUCCGAGACCCGCGAUCUGAUUAUCCCCGAGUUCUACGGCCAUGUCAAGCGCUUGAUCCGUCACCCUGAGGGAUCGUGGAUUCUCGACGAUAUCUACCGCAGUGUUGCGAGCAAGGAGCAGAAGGCUCGUCUUCUGCGCGAGUGGUAUGGACCUGAGUUCGUUCUUUUCCAAGAUGACAAGGAGCUCGGCGCCGACCUGCCCAAGAUUCUGGCCGCUCACCCCGAGAAGCGGUCGCCCAUCAUGAACUUCCUGCGCGAGUUGAUCAACGGAUUGGUUCAGAAGAAGACGACUGGAUUCACGAUGCUCCACGAUGCCAUGUUGCAAUAUUUCCUCAGCACAAAGCCCGGCAGUACCGAGGCGAACGAGUUCCUUGAGUUGUUGAAGGAUGACGAGGAGGGCGAUCUGGUCAAGAACCUGGCUUUCACCCAAUCCGGCUCUCGCCUGAUGUCCCUGGCCUUUGCCUACGCCGGUGCCAAGGACCGCAAGCUCCUGCUCCGAUUCUACAGGGAUACCAUUAAGACGAUGGCCGGUGAUCUGCACGGUCACAUCGUGCUGCUUGCCGCCUACGAGGUCAUUGACGACACCAAGCUGAGCGGCAAGUCUAUUUUCUCCGAACUGCUGAACCAGAACGAUUCCGAAGAGGCCCGCAACGACGAGCUCGUCUUCCAGGUCAACGACCUGACUGCCCGUAUCCCCGUGCUGUACCCCUUCGCCGGUGACAAGACAAAGUGGCUCCUCCCCGAGCUUGACCAACAGAUCCUGCAAGAGGUGCGCGAGGUGCGUAAAGAGACAUCGAAGAAGGACCCGGCCGUGCGUCAACAGGAGUUGGCCAAGGCCGCCUCCCCCACGCUCCUUGCAUUCAUCGCGGCUCGCGCCGAGAUCCUUCUGAACAGCACUUUCGGCUGCCAGCUCAUCUCGGAGGUCCUCUUCCAAGCUGAGGGUGACAAGACCGAGGCCCUGAAGGCCGUGGCUGCGGCCGCGAAGAGCAAGUCUGAGACCCGUGACUCUGCGUCGGUGGGUCGCACACUCAAGUCGCUCGUGCAGGGCGGGCGGUUCAACCCGGCCACAAAGACUGUGGAGAAGGUUGAGCCCGCGCUGGGCUUCCACGAUCUGCUGUAUGAGCAGAUCAGCGACGAGGUGAUGGAGUGGGCGACUGGCGCGAACACAUUUGUGAUUGUUGCGCUGACGGAGUCGGAUGACUUUGAGAAGAAGAGCGAGCUGCUCAAGACGCUGAAGAAGAACAAGAAGGCGCUGGAGCAGGCCUCUACGUCGGGCAAGGAUGGAAAGGGACCUACUGCCAGUGGCGCGAAGUUGUUGUUGCAGAAGCUGUGA